UUUUUGCUUUUUUACCCUCUUUCUCUCUCCCUUCUCUCCUUCCCCUUUCUUUUUUGCGCCUUGCCCGUAACUUCUCUCCAGCAGCCCACUUUCUCCUUUCUUUUUUCUUCUUCAUUUUCAUUUCAAUCCUUCCCCACAUUUAAUUUUCAUAAGCCAUUUUAUUUGUCACUAUGGUGUUCACGAAUGAAUAUGGAGCGCCGCAGACCUGGAAGCCAUCGUCGUCUGGAGCCGCCGCCCAGAUGCUGCCAUGGCCUGGAAAAUUGCAGGGCUGACCACCCGCGAGCGUUUCCGACAUGGAGUAUCGAUUUACGACUUGGUGAAUUGUUGUUGACCCAUUGCCACCGUGGCAUUCAUUCCCCCUUCAUCUUCCUUCUAUCCAAUCUUCUUAACCCAAACUCAUUAGAUACUAAUUUGCCUCUUUUUGUUAUUGUGGCUUAGGGUUUUAACUCUGUUUUUUUCUUUUAAAUUUUAUAUUUUAUUGAUAUUUUAUUGUCGUUUAUUUGACACUUUUGUUUCACUAUAUUAUUUGAGAACAUCAUUUUUUUGUACAUAUCCUUUAAAGUUCUGAAUUUCUUAUUAUAGGUGCUUUUGAGCUCAUAUUUUUGUGAGUGGUUGUGCUUGGGUUGCUGUAUUGGAAUACAUUGUAAUGUUACUGUUGUUGUGUAACCAAAUAAUGAUUUUCAUAUUUUCCAUAAGCCUAUUAUUGCUGAUAUCAAUAUUAGGGUGCUAAAGUAUUUUGUUUCUCUUAGUUCAAACAUUUGUUUUUGGAGAGUUACUAUAUUCUUUAAUUAUCAAAGUGAUGUUGUUUUUCUAGUUAUGAUCAAACAUUUGGUUUGACAAAAAUCUUCUUUUUGAAAUUUAAUUGAAUGUCCUAUUAUGUUAUUCGAAUCUUUGUCCCGUUGAAAGCUAAGAAUCUGUUUGAAAUCUACAAUGUUGUUUUUUUAUCGCUUAGUAAUAUGUUUCAGAAUUUGGUAUUUAUAACAGGCAUUCUAUUCAAAAUUUCCUUAUAGUCUGCAUCCUCCUGAUUUGCUUUUUUGUUUUAUUGAGUGGCUAAGUGGUUCCAGUCUGUCGGGAUAGAUUUAAAAAUGUUCCAUACACAUGAUAAGUAUUCAUCGUUAUCUUCCCUAUAAUAUGUAUUCUACUACUCUUUUAGUACUUAAGUUUGGUUUGUGGAAGACGAGUGAAUAUUAGUUUCAUCUUUAGAAGUCUUACACUAUAUCAUUGAUCUGCACCAAAUUUGAGUAAAAAAAUCUCUGUUUUCUUAUAUGAAUAGAUCAGAUUCUGCUCAAGUUAAAUGCCCAUGUGGGUAGUACCCUUUCCUGGAUCCUAAUAACCAUGUAGUUAUGCCAACGUUCACUGAGAUGCCCUUUUAGGGAAAUUAAAAAGACAACAAAAUUUAAUUUAAUAAGUUAUGAAAAUCUGUAUUCUCCUUGCCAUAUAUCUAUAUAGAAACAUGGCCAUUCUAUAAUCAGACAGGCUAUAUAAUUCCAUAUGUUUCAAAUUGCAUUCCAGGUGAAGUCCUACAUAAAAAAUUAAAGGUUUUGCCCUAUGGCAUUUGGACUAGUGUUUGCUAACUAUAUAUAUGUCUCCUGAUUUUUAUAAAGAGAAGAUGCAUAUACUUUGUAUUCUUGAUUGGGGAUGAUAAUUUUAUAAAUGUACUUCAUUUGCAUUGAGUUAACUGAAUUCUAUUCAUGUGUUUAGUUGGAUAAUUAUGAUUAGCAGCCCCCCCCCCCCGCACUUUCUGGCAUUCUGUCCUGAAAUUUACUAGCCAUGCACUGCCGUUUAGCAGUUUUGUUCUAUCCUGGUGUAACUAUGCCCUUAUAUUGUACUUAUCAGGAAAAGUACUCCCUCAAGAGGAGAUCCGGGACAAGAAAUCUGUUGUUUGGAGAUGCUCAUAACAUGGAUGAGAGAUAUUGUUCCAACUGCCAAGUUAAUAUUUAAUAGAUGCUAAAUUAGCUUGAACUUUGUACCGUUGAGAUAUAUUGACUAGUUGUCUAUUAGUUUUAGAAAGUUAUUGAUGUAAUUAUGUAGAAUCAAUAUUGAAUGAGGUGUUUUUUAAUCAUAUUAUACUUUUCUAAAUGUUGUCCAACAUUCUAUUAUGUUUAAAUGUAAUACGAAGUAUAAGUUUUUUGCUUUGCCUC